AUGGCCUUUGACCGGUACGUGGCCAUCUGCCCCCCGCUGCGCUACCUGCUCAUCAUGAACCGCCGGGUGUGCGCCCUCCUGGCCGCCAGCAGUUGGAUCGCCAGCUCCUUCCACGCCACCAUCGUCACCAGCCUGACCUUCACGCUGCCCUACUGCGGGUCCAACGUGGUGGACUAUUUCUUCUGCGACAUCUUCCCAGUAGCCAAGCUGGCCUGUGCGGACACGUCCAUCUUGGAGAUGGUGACCUUCACCAACAUUGGGGUGGUGCCCAUGAGCUGCUUCGCCCUCAUCCUCGCCUCCUAUGUCAGGAUUGUCUCUUGUAUCCUGAAAAUGAACUCAGGUGAAGGGCGGCGCAAAGCGACCUCCACUUGCGCCUCCCAUCUGGUGGUGGUGACCAUGUUCUUCGGGCCCUGCGCUUUGAUCUACACUCAGCCACAGCUGAGCAAAGUGCUGGUGACCCCUGUGAACAUUUUUGGCAACUUGAUCACGCCCAUGGUGAACCCGGCCAUCUACACGCUGCGCAACAAGGAGGUGAAAGCGGCUCUGAGAAAACUGCGAUGUGCAGCAGUUGCAGGAGUAUCAU